GGCGUCAAUUACAAAUAAAAAAAAUUCCCUGGCAACAUGGCUGCCAAUUGGGCAUGAAGACUGUUCCGCUGUAAAUAAACAAUUUCGGCGCCGAUUUCCUGCACCCGCGACGCCGCGGUCGACGUCUAGUCACGUCCACAGACUGUUUGGCGCAAAUGUGGUCGGCGUGAGAGAGAUUCGGCGCGGCGCCGACUUUGCAAGAUGAGUCUCAAGAAGAUUCGGCGCCGCCUUUCGCAGACCUUCCGCUUCAGCAUUGAGAGUUCGCUGUCGGAAUUGGCCGAACACUUGGCCAUCGAGGAGAACGUCGACGCAAAGGACAACGGAAAUGUUGUGUGUUUGAGAAGCCAGAAAAUCUCAAACCUCGGCGACUACAACCCGAAGCUGUCUCUCUCGCACUCACGCAUCCUCGACACCUUCCACCUCAACCACGGUGUGGUGCACGAAAAUGCGCGAUUCGGCUCAGACGGCGAGUCCGAGGAGGCGUCCGGCGCGUCCGACGACAUCAUCACGCCAGUCAAGCUGCGUCCCAAGAGCAGAAGAUACAGCGAGCAGGACAUCAACAAGCGGUUAUCUCUGCCCGUCGACCUGCACCUGCCCGAGUCCUUUGUGGCCAAGCAGAAUAUCAGCCCGACCAUCGAGGGGCCCCUCUCAAGGGCGUCCAGGCGGCAGUCGCUCUCCGAAAUCGGUUUCGGCAGAAUGGAAACCUACACAAAACUAGAUAGACUUGGACAGGGUACCUAUGCCACUGUGUUCAAAGGCAGAUCUCGGCUGACAGAUAAUCUGGUGGCACUGAAAGAGAUAAGGCUGGAGCAUGAGGAGGGCGCCCCCUGCACCGCCAUAAGAGAAGUCUCCCUCCUCAAAGAGUUGCGCCAUGCAAAUAUUGUGACAUUGCAUGACAUAGUGCACACCGAGAAGUCAUUAACUUUGGUAUUCGAGUACCUAGAGAAGGAUCUCAAGCAGUAUAUGGAUGACUGUGGUAAUAUUCUCAGCAUGAACAAUGUCAAGCUCUUCCUCUUUCAAUUACUGCGUGGCCUUGCGUACUGUCAUCGAAGAAGGAUCUUGCACCGUGAUUUGAAACCCCAAAACCUCCUCAUCAAUGAAAAGGGAGAGUUGAAAUUGGCUGAUUUUGGACUGGCUCGGGCCAAGUCUGUUCCCACCAAGACUUACUCAAACGAGGUGGUCACCCUUUGGUACCGACCACCUGACGUUCUCCUUGGCUCUACAGAGUAUUCAACACAAAUAGACAUGUGGGGUGUUGGAUGCAUUUUUUACGAGAUGGCGUGUGGUCGGCCGCUUUUCCCCGGCGCCACAGUCGAAGAAGAGCUGGAGUUGAUCUUCCGGUGCCUCGGAUCGCCAACAGACGCUUCGUGGCCUGGUCUUACACAGUACCUUGAGACACACGGUCCCCCCAAAAUGCCCAAAAACCCAGAGCCCCUCGUCUCCCGAGCGCCCCGUCUUGACCACGAUGGAAUCGACCUGCUCACUAAGUUCCUCUGUUACGAAGCCAAAAAGAGAAUUUCGGCGACAGAUGCCAUGAAACAACCCUAUUUCCGUACAAUGGGUCCAAACGUCCACAAACUUCCUGACAUUGUGUCAAUUUUCACCCUGCCCAACAUCCAGUUGAGCAAAGACCCUGGCUACCGAUCGUCCGGUCUCGGCAAAAACUCGAGCUCGUCCAAAGCGCGGCGCCAAAGCAUGGCCCUGUGAAAGCAAGGUUUUGAUUUCUCGUGCCAAGCCUAAGGUAGAAAAGGAAGAAAACUGACUUUGAAAGAAACAAACUCGCCUGACUUGUGCAUUUUCAUCCCUCUGUUCCGUUCUUAGCGAAGAAGUGAUAUAAAUAAAAAUCGGAAAUGAAAAGCAAGAAGAAGAGAACUCGUAAUAAAGAAGAAGAAGAAGAAGUGUGAUGUUAGUGAAUUUUCCGAGUUGUGUGCCAAAAACACCAAGAAUUCCCCCUUUUUUUUAGUAUUUUUCUCUUGUCGACAAUCAGAUUGGCAUUUUUUUUAUUACAUUUUAUUUUUCUGUUUCCAGCAAAGAGUGAAACUUAAAACGCGCACUUUUUUACAAAUUCGUAGAAUUUUAAUCUCUGGUUAUUUGAUGUGCUGAUGAAGUUAUGGGGCAGGUGCAAACCGACAAUAAAACAAAUCAUGAAUAAUUGAAAUUUAUCGAAUAUUUGCACCUCGCCCCCUGAAAAAGGUUUUCUAGAUUAACAAUUAAUUGAUGUCUAGUUUUCGGAGUUAGAUUGAGAGAGCUAACUAAUCGUGCCAUUUUCUGAAAUGCGUUCGAGUUCAAUUUCUCGUGAUUAUAUUAUAUAAUAUUGGAACCAUUUUAGUCCGACUUGCUAUUCCUAUUAAAAUUUAUUAUUUCCUUUUGUUUACGCUUCCUAUUAUUUUUACUUUUUAACUCACGUGAACAUUUACUUGUGAGUAGAACUAAAUUUUCUUGAAAACGUCCCCCGGAGAGUUAAAUUGAUGGAAAUCCGCCCACUCCGCACACAAUCCUGCCCAAAAUGAAAAAUAAAAAGCAAGCUUUACCGAGAGAGUUGCACAUAAAAAAAAUGUCUGUUGAAAAUUGAAGAAAAGUAGCAAGUCCCGGCGCUACUUCCGUUUUUGUGGUGUGUGAACGCGUGUGUUUCUUGAAGUUUCUUGUUCUGUUUGUUGUUGUCGGAUUUUCAGUGCCACAUAUGAAAAAAGAGAAAUAUACUAGUUUUGUGCGGAAACUCAAUAAAAUUGAAUUGUGUUAGCAGAGUUAAAUAAAAAACAAAAACACGUUGAUGAAGAAUAAGCGUGAGAAAAUGGGAGAGAAAGAGUAAAUUAAUUGAGUGAAUUCUUCGCAGAAAAAAAACUGAAAAAGGCUAACAGAGAAAUGUUGUAGGAUUUCUCUCUUUGAGAGCGAUCGACAAAAAUGUGUAACAAGAAUAGAAUAAAAACUGAAUUUUUAAUAAAAACCUGAA